AUGUGGACAUCAACAUAUUUCGAAGGGGUUCAGAUGUCGCCAAAAUCUGCAAACCUGACAGGUGUUCGAACGCUAAUGAACCAUGCCGAUGCUGGCGAUGUGAACAGCACGCUCUUCAGCCGCGCCGCGAUCACCGAACCACUCGAGGAGCACGACAUGCCGUUUGCAGUGACCGAUUCAUUGCUGCACUCGUUGACGAACGCUGGCAUCUCUGAAGCCGCAAUUCCAACGCGUGACGUAACUGUCAGUGAGAAGCAGGUGACAGAUAGCUGCCUGAAGAAAUCGUUAUUCCAAGGUGUUUUGUAUUCGCUGGAGCCGGAAUAUCGUGUGACAACUGCAACGCUUCCCAGUGCCACGGCUAAGAUUGUCUGGGAUGACGAACAAUAUCCGAUUCAGAACUUGAUUGUUGCUGAAGAACAAAUGGUAGUACCCCGAGAAAGAGGUGGUCUAACCGUGUCAGGCACGUGGUACUACCACGACAACCGUGUGGAGGGUGAGCUACGACACAGGCCGGACGAGCUCUCGGCCGAGUUCUGGCUCCCUGAAGAGCGGCAGCAGCGGCGACGCUCGAGCAAGGAGCAGUUGGAGAUGAUGCAGGAUCCGCGUUUCGUAAUCGAAGCCGAGCUUGCUCGCAUGAGUGAGCCGACGGACGGUGAACGAUUUGCUCAGGAACGCCCUAAACUACGGCGAUUCGUAGGCCGAACAGGCGGAAAGAUGCAGAAGAAAAAGCGCACUGAGUUCGACCAGGAACCAUUGUCAACGGUCUCCAUACUGCAUCGGGACGGACGACUCUUCGAACGAAGAAUCACCGAAAUCGGAGGCAGAACGGUACUGUUUGACCUCUGCGCAUUGAAUACCAUUCAUAUUGAAGUCGAUUAUCAAUAUAGUAAUACCGAUAAGCAACCAUUUGUCAAACAGGUGGCAGUGGAGUUGGGCAACAAACAAUUGCAUGGCGCAGACCUCAUAGUGAGACCAGGUUCAGUAGUGCACGGCUCGCUGCCGUCAGACGAGGAGCGUGUAAACCUCGACAAGGCCAGGAUUGAGAAACGCUCUAACAUCCUGUUCCUGGAUAAAGACGGGAAUCCAUUGAGCGUAGUAGCGAACCAGUUUCCUCCGCACUCUUUCGCCAUGUCGACGAGGUCUUUCACAUCCAGUCAAGUUGACGAAGACAUUUUCGCCCAGUCACACAUACUCGACACUGAGUGCUCAAAAGGCUCAGGUGUUCUUUUCGUGCGCUCAUCUGGUGCUCGGAACGAAAAGGCCACCCAUUUGGACACAGUAUCCAAUAUUAGUGAAGAUGACUGUAUAUUCUCAUGUCUGACAAACAAGGCAACUGACGAGCAUCCGGUGCGAUGUGCAUCGGUUGAAUAUGAAUCCAAGACACAGCGAUGUACACUGUCGCCCGAUGCCAGAGCAGAUGCACUAACGUCACACCAGCUCACAACGUUUUAUGAGAAAAUAUGCCUUGCACAGAGUGUCUCAAAUCAAUGCUCGGGAGCAAUUUUGGAUCGGACGGCAAAUAUGGUUAUGGUGGGCUUCAUGCGUGACACUGCAAUGACUUCUGGUGCCGAUGAGUGCAUCGAACGAUGUGUGUUGGCCGAAAAGUCUCAAGGAUUCAAAUGCUUAUCUAUUAUGUACUACUAUGACGAAACAGCACCGAACUGCAUUCUGAAUGACGCAAGUUCUCGUACGAAUCCUAAGUCAUUUGUUAUGGAGUUAUCGUCGAUCGUCGACUACUUCGAUCUGGAUGAUUGCUACGGUUUACCAGAAACGGUUAAUACUCGACAGAAAUUCUAUGCGACUGCUCUAUUUCCGGAUAAGGAAGUCAUCCUCAAUGGUAGACAGGAUCUCAGGUAA